GUAUUAACUGCGCGAUCAAGUAGCACCGGAAAACAAAAUUUCUCCUGAGUUUACCGGCUGGUAGAACGUUUCGUGUUAUCGACGAGCUCCGAGCCGAAUGCAAGCUAAGCUAGCGCUGCAAAACAUUGCAACCAUCCCGGAACUUUCUGAUUUUUUUUUUUUAAACGGACCUGAUUAAAGGCUAUAAUGACUCGCCACGGAAAAAACUGCACCGCUGGAGCCGUCUAUACAUACCACGAGAAAAAGAAAGAUACAGCGGCAUCUGGGUACGGCACACAGAGCAUUCGCCUGGGUAAAGAUGCCAUCAACGACUUUGACUGCUGCUGCUUAUCCCUGCAACCCUGCCAGACUCCUGUGGUCACUCCAGAUGGAUUCUUGUAUGAAAAACAGGCUAUUCUGGAAUACAUUCUGCAUCAGAAGACAGAAAUUGCCAGGAAGAUGAAGGCAUAUGAGAAGCAAAAGCAAGCUCAGAAGCAUGAAAGUCAUCUUGAGUCCAAGUCAGAAGAACGUGAGAAAGUGGAGAAGUUUAAAACCAGAGAGAACAGCAUUGUAUCCAAACCCAUCAACCCUUUCAUUUCUGGGCAAAGCAAAGUAGGCGGGAAAAUCAAGACGGACAGUCGCUCAUCAUCCUCCACUGAUUCAGUGGCCUCCUCCAGCCAGAGUCUGCCCAGCUUCUGGGUUCCUUCUCUGACACCUGAAGCCAAGCCCACCCUUCUCAAGAAACCGAGUAAGGCUGUGUUGUGUCCGAUGUCAGGACGACCUAUCAAGAUGAACGAGCUCAUCACAGUGCGCUUCACCGCGGUAGACCCGAGUCUGGACCGAGUGGCCCUCAUCAACCGCCAGGACAGAUAUGUCUGCGCAGUGACCAAAGACAUCCUGGGCAACAGCGUCCCCUGUGCUGUCCUGCGGCCUUCGGGGUGUGUGGUGACACAGGAGUGUGUGGAGAAGCUCAUCAAGAUGGACAUGACGGAUCCCGUGAGUGGAGACAAACUCUCUGACAAAGACAUCAUACCACUGCAGAGGGGAGGAACGGGCUUUGCGGGUGCUGGUAUAGAGCUCAAGGCCAAAGAAGCUCGUCCAGUCAUGCAAGUGUGAAACAUAAUGAUGGUCUGCCUGUAUUAUGCUCUCAAAAAAAUUUUGGGGGGAUAUAUUUGUAAUUACGGUAAGCCAAAAUAUGACAUUUUCUUUCUUAUUAGAUAUGAUAGCUUGGCCAUGUUUGUACUUUUGUGGUCAUUUUGAAGAGGUUAAGGAAAGGGGGAAAAAAGUCACUUUUGUGUCUGUCAUUCUGUUCUACAGUAUUUACCGUGUAUUGUUCAUAUCAUUUGAAAAGCCGUGUUAGUUUUCAUUUUCCUGAAUGUAUUUGAAUUGAGAAACAUUUUUAAGGCACAGGAAAAAAAACAGUCAAUCUUAGUCUGUGGUAUUGAUAUUCACAAUUCAUCAUGGCCGUCAACCUCCAUGGCUCCAUAAUCUGUGAUGGUGCUGAUCUUGAUGAAGUCGAGUUUAUCUAGCAUCUCUGAUAAUGACACAAAUCCAUCCUGACACGCACAAGGUAGAAAACAAAAGCAACAGUAAAAGGAAAGAAGUGGUUCAGAUCAGAAGAAAGGUCCUUCAUUGGGAAAAUGCUGAGUUACUUAUUUUAGCAAGUGCAAGGAUCAAAAAUACCUUCUUUACUGAGUACAUAGUGGCGGACGAGUAUUCAUUGCAGGAUUAAAUAAAACAACAUGUACAAAAGUUCAUUUAUUUGUCCAAUCUGCAGUCAAUAACUUUUUUAUUACAAAUUUCUUUUAGUUGCCUGUAGUAGGCAAUGUUGAAAUUCUUCUGACCUUAGCAAAUGAAUUAAAACUCAAUACUACUGCUAAAAUAUUUGGCUUGAAACAUUAAUAAAAAUGGAUUUCCAUACAUGGGAUGGCCGACAUUAAGUACGCAGUGAAAAUAUUUCAAGUACAAUGAAGUGCUCAGUGGAGUGUAUGGUUUCUGAUGAUUCAGAAUUGUCGUGACCACGUUUCUAGGCUCGAACUCAAAAUACAGUUUCGGUUUAAUAUCAGUGCACGUGGGACGAUAUCCACAGUUUUAGCCAACACUUCUUAAUUGAAAUAUAUUUGGACUGUGUUUAAUAAUGCUGUGUGGGCAUUAAAAA